UUCUCAAAGAGCUCCGAUAAAGUGGAAUAGCUCAACAAAUACAAUCAAAGUCGAUAAGAAAUUAUUCUCAGACAACAAGUCGAAGACUAAGCAGCUUGCAUCUGUAGCUGUUAAUACGACAGAUAUUUACGAACAAGAUACAAGAUAUGGUUACAAGUCGAGCUCCCAAACAGUGGGCCCUGACAAACAGGAAACUAUCACUUCAUACGAAGCCUGGCGCCAAAAUCUUCAAUACACCCUUGCCUUAGACCACAACUUCGCCGUAUUUUUACUCGAAGACACAACAUGGCUGCGAAAGACUUCUACUGCCCCACUACGUGGUCUCAAAAACGACGGCGAAGGCGUUCCAGAAGCCAGCCGACGUACAGCCGCCCAAAAGCUAACACACUUGGAGUUAAUGCACGGCCAAGUAGUCAAUUAUUGUCCCGUCAUUGCACGAGACACAAUCGUUAAGAACUCAACAUCUAUGAGGACAAUUUAGCAAGCAAUUCGUGCACAUUAUGGCUUUCAGUCCACCGGGGCACAUUUUCUCGAUUUUGAUAACAUUCAUUUAGAACCUGACGAGCGCCCCGAGGACUUAUAUCAGCGAGUUCUGAGUUUUAUCGAUGACAAUUUACUCACAGGUAAUGGUAAUAUCCGACAUCACGGCGAAGACGUUUCCACGGACGAAGAAUUAACACCCUCGCUUGAAAACAUAAUUGUACUGACAUGGUUGGGGUUAAUUUAUGCAGAUUUUCCCACUUUAAUUAAGCAACGUUACGGGACAGAACUCCGAUCACAGACACUAGCCAGCCUUAAACCCGAAAUAUCUCAAGCUUUAGACGCCCUCCUCGACGAAAUUAAUUCUUCAAAUGAGGCUAUAGUUCUACGCACAGCCUUUCGACGAUCCUCACAACAGCGUGACAACCGUAGUGCGUAUUCCCAGCCCAGUAACAACAAGGGAGGGGCAACCAAGUGCUGCCCCAUAUGUAAACAAGCUAAAAGAUUGCAGUUCCAACACUACUUAAGUAAGUGCCCAUUUCUUCCUAACGAAGACCGUCAAUAUUUAACUCGCACACGACAAGUCAUUGUUGAUCAACAUGAACCAUCUAAUAUGUCAGACUCAGAGCUAGAACCAGAUGACCACUCCUGUUUCAAGAACAAUCGGGUCAAGUCUACCGCCUACCGAGUUAGCACAAAACAAUCCCUGCACCUGAAAGUAUUCCACAACCACCAUGCGGUACAACUCACUCUUGAUACUGGCGCCGAAACCAGUAUGAUUAAGUCAUCUAUUGCCCAACAAAUUGGCGCCACUAUCCAAAAAAACCCCAAACAAACAGCUCUACAGGCUGACGGAAUUACUCGACUAAGCGUUGUUGGUGAAGUCCAUCUGGAUUUAUCACGUAACUCCCACACCCUCCAUCUUGAUGCCCUGGUCGUAAACAAUUUAGACGUUGAUAUUUUGGCGGGAACCCCCUUUAUGGUGACCAAUGACAUUUCCAUUAGACCCUCGAAGCAACAAAUUACAAUCAAGGGUACAGACGUCACCCACUACAAUACAUAUCUCCCCAAUCGGAAGGAACACCUUGUUAGACGUACCCAGGCACACGUUCUUCGAGCUCCACCAACUCCUACCGUGAUCUGGCCCGGUGAAUACCUAGAGAUUCCCAUUCCUCGUGAAAUUGACCCAGAUAUCACCCUUGCCGUGGAGCCACGCCCAGAUUGCGCUAAAUCCGUGAGUGAUUGGCCACACCCACAUAUUCUCAAAGCUGUCGCAGGACGAGUCCGCAUACUGAAUGAUUCAUCAAUAGUUAAGAACAUAUCCCGUCAUGAACAUUUUUGCCAAGUUCGUUUGACCCAGAUUCUAGACACCAAGGAGAACACACUCCCCUUCCCUCAGCAUCCUGUGCCACAUGUCACUCCUAAACCUCUUGCAUCCUCACAUUCUUCUUGUGUAACCGUGGAUCCCGACAACAUUCUUCCACCCACCACCCGUCAAAGCUUCCGCAGCCUGUUAGAAGCCCAUGAUGACGUAUUCGACCGCACCAUCACCGGGUACAAUGGCACAGUUGGUCCAUUCGAAGCUGUGGUUAACAUGGGUCCGGUCCAACCCCCUCAACGAAAGGGUCGUGUUCCACAGUAUGCCCAUAAUAAAUUAGUAGAAUUGCAACAGAAAUUCGACGCACUUGAAGCUCGAGAAGUAUUUAAACGGCCCAAGGACAUUGGAAUAACAGUAGAGUAUCUAAAUCCCUCCUUCCUUGUUACCAAACCAACCUGUGGACAUCGUUUGGUCACAGCUUUUGCCGACGUUGGGCGUUAUAGCAAGCCUCAGCCAUCCUUGCUACCCGAUGUCGACACCAUACUACGCGCUAUUGCUCAGUGGAAGUAA